AUGGGGGAUGACAGUCACCGUCUAGCGGCGUAUCGUUUCGUCGCCUACUCGGCCGUCACCUUCUCGGUGAUUGCUGUUGUAUCCAUCUGUAUCACUUUGCCGAUGGUUUACAACUACAUUCACCACGUGAAAAGGUCACUAAAGACAGAAAUCCACUAUUGUAAGGGCUCUGCGAAAAGUAUCUGGUCUGAGGUGAAUGUGAUCAAGAACAUCCCCGCCUCCAACCGAACUACUCGACAAGCUGGGUCAUGCGAUGACUGCUGUAUUCCGGGACCUCAAGGACCACCUGGUGCACCUGGAAGACCGGGCCGUCCCGGAAUGCCAGGAGCACCUGGAAUGCCAGGAGCACCCGGACGUCCGCCAGCGAGACCUUGUGAGCCGGUCGUACCUCCACCAUGCCCACCAUGUGCUGGUGGCGAACCCGGACAACCAGGACCUCCAGGACCACCAGGACCACCAGGACCACCUGGACCAGCUGGAAAUGGC